CCCAGGCUCACAGCAGCAGCUGCAGCCGCCUGCUACCUACCUCCCUGACUCUGACCUGCACCUGUAUCCUGGCAUAGACCUAAAGCACCGGAGCACUGAGAUCUUUGAUGUAGAAAGCCAGAAGAAGCUUUCUGGGAAGAAGAUCAGUUUGUCUUUGUUUUACGCUAAAAUAUGAAGACAAACCCAAGAUCAACACGGCGAAGACUGGAAAUCGACCUGGAGGAGGAAGAAGAAGAGAGUCUGGAACAGCAAACUUCCAGCGAGGAUGAUAACGACAAGUGCUACGUGUAUAAGGAGAAGAGUAAAAGUAAGAGCCAUGAACCGGGCAAGAGCGGCAACCGCAGGAAGAGGCCAUCAUCCCAGGGGACGGAGCACAGCACCCGAAGACUGGAGAGCAAUGAACGGGAGAGGCAGAGGAUGCAUAAGCUCAACAACGCCUUCCAGGCUCUAAGAGAAGUCAUUCCACAUGUCAGAGCAGAGAAGAAAUUGUCCAAAAUUGAGACGCUCACCUUGGCCAAAAACUACAUAAAUACUUUAACGGCCACCAUAUUGAAUAUGUCCAGUGGAUGCUUGCCCAGUGUCCAGCCUACUGAUACAGGGGGUGGUGGGAAGCUCUAUCAACAUUACCAGCAGCAACACGGAGAUGAGGACAGUGACGAACACUUAGAAAAAUACUCUACACAAAUCCACAACUUUCGGCAAGGUAGUUGAUGUCGAGCUCAAUGGAUUAUUAUUUUUUUUAACAUUAGUAUUGGGGAUACUGAAGAACCCUACAAGACUUACAGCAAUGAUGUAUUAUACCUAAUAUUCCAUUCUGAAACCAAUCAUCUGCCAUAAGAGGUCAUGACCACGAUGAUAUAUAGUGGAUGAUUGGAUUGAGGAAUGGAUUUCAGGGUUGGUAGAGUGUGAAUGUUAUGUAAAUUAUUAAAUUAUGGGGUCGCAAUGAGCUGUAAUGUUAUAAUCACUGGUUUUAUGUGAGAUACUUUUAUCUUUAAAGGGGUUUUCUAGGGAGGUUAAAAUAAUAAAAGAAGCAUUACUCACCUCCACUGAUCCCCUCCUACUGCUGUACCAAUGCUGCUCUCCACCUCCUUGUCCUGACUCAAGAUGCUGGAAAUACUCAGCCAAUCAUUGGCCUUGGUGGUGACCUGACUCUGGCCUUUCCAGCAUGUUGAACAGAACAAGAGAUGGAGAACAGCUUCAGGGAAAUGGUUGGUGGAGUGAAUAUGUUUUUUUUUUACCUGGUCUCCCCCACCCCCGCAAAUCUCUCCACAAAACCCCUUCAAGGGUGGUACCGCACUACCUUUUCCUGGAUUGUACAAAGUGCCAUCAAAUUCAUAUAGUUGCUUUUUUUACAAGCUUUUUUUUGGGGUGUAGCCUUUUUGUAGUCACAUUUUUUUCACAUAGAGAAUUCUAUAGGAAAAUGUUUAAAAACCACUACACAAA